AUAAAAGCAGUGACUGGGGGCAAGUAUAUAUCUGCUGGUGGACUGGAAGUAGAGAGGAAGACAGAAUUGUGGUAGGAGCUAGUGUUGUCUCAUAUCUUCAACACACAAGGCCGUGGGGCCCCUUCGCAUCAGACUGUUGGGAGCUCCCGUAGCAGCAAUGGAUGUCUUCUUGAUGAUCCGUCGCCACAAAAUGACCAUCUUUGCUGAUGCCAAGGAGACUACCACUGUGCGGGAGCUGAAGAAGAUUGUGGGGGGCAUCCUGAAAAGGCCUCCGGAGGAGCAGCAGCUAUACAAGGAUGACUGGUUGCUGGAGGAUGGUGACAAGACCUUGAUAGAAUGUGGGUUAAGCAGCCAGACUUCCCGUCCCCAUGCGCCAGCCAUGGUGGGCUUGGCCUUAUUCAGAGCCCGUGAGGGCUCCUUUGAACCAUUGCACAUCGAUCCUUUCUCCAGCACACCUGAGCUGCCUGAUGUUUUGAAGCCUCAAGAUUCUGGCAGCAGCUCUGGCGAGCAGCCCAUGCAGUGAAACCAGGGUCUGCUGUUCCAUCACAUAGACAUGGUGCUGAUCAUGCACAAGUCACUGCUGUGUGCUCAUUUCACUGGCAUCACUUGAAAACAUUGCCUUGACUAAUAAAGCUUUGCUGUUAAACUUC